CUUUUCUACCCAAAUACUGGCUUAGACCAUGGAGGAACUAAUUUAAUCCUUGGACAAUGCUUCUUUAUAUAUGUCAGGGUCACAUUCUAUUUACCUCAACCCAAGCUUAUCAACUGUAUUAUCAAUUUUCAAUUCAACAAGAUAAGGAUACCGCUCAAUGGCUGCCGACAGUGAGAGUUUUGUUUGCUUAGAGGAUUUCGAGAAAUCGGCCCGAAAACACUUAUUGCAAUCAAGAGUUGACUAUUUUACAGAUGGCUGUAAUGAACAGUUUACAUUGAAGGAAAAUAUAGAGGCGUUUAAGAGGUACCGUUUGCGACCUAGGCUCCUUCGCGAUGUAUCCAAGAUAGAUUUGAGUACUACUUUACUUGGACAGCAUAUUUUCUGGCCGGUUGGCGUAUCACCAACCGCUUUUCAUCGAAUAGCAGACUAUGCUGAAGGGGAAAAGGCCACUGCUAGAGCCACACAUUCUGAGGGGUCUGUUAUGAUACUUAGUUGUGCCUCAACAUGUACCAUAGAAGAUGUAGCAACGGCAUCUGCAAGUGGUAUCCUUUGGAUGCAGGUUAUGUUCUUUAAACGGAGGGAAAUUACAGAGAGCCUUGUGAAGAGAGCGGAGGCUGCAGGAUUUAAAGCGAUUGUUGUGACCAUUGAUCAACCAGUUUUUGGUAAAAAAUAUUCAAUUGACAAAAACAAAACAAGUGUAUGGUUCAAACUACACGCUCAUGAACGGCCGGUCAACUUAAAUCUUGGCAUCAAGGAUAAGGGUGGUGAAAUUGCUGCAACACUUGAUAGAACUGCCACUUGGGAAGAAAUUAAGUGGUUGAAGUCCAUAACAAACUUACCGUUGGUUCUUAAAGGUAUAACUACAGGCGAUCAAGCACGGAAUGCAGUAGAGCAUGGGGCUUCCGGCAUCUUGGUCUCCAACCACGGCGGACGUCAACUGGAUUAUCUACCAGCUACAAUUGAUGUCCUCCCGGAGGUUGUUGCUGCCGUAGAGGGCUCAGGUGUUGAAGUAUACUUGGACGGAGGAGUUAGGCACGGAACAGAUGUCUUUAAAGCAUUAGCUCGUGGGGCCAGAGCCGUUUUCAUCGGAAGACCAAUUAUUUGGGGAUUGACAUGCAAAGGAUAUGAGGGCGCCAAACAAGUUCUUUCAAUCCUUAGGGAAGAGGUGAAUACAACGAUGUCGUUAAUGGGAUGUACCAACGUCAAUGAAAUAGCACCCUCAAUGGUUGUUCAUGAAGACUACUUCAGAAAAUCAAAGUUAUAGGAGAUUAGUAGAUUCACAUUCUACUCCAAUAAGAAGAAUUUAGUUGAGACCACAGUCCGCUGAGGAGUACGAAAAUAAAUGAUGGACGUUGGCGUGUUACGAAACAUAAAAUAUGUAUUAUUUUAUUGAAAGACAAAUAUUUCGUCAGGACUUCUUCAGCGUUUAUGAAAUACACAGGAAAGAUUGGCAUGAUAUAGGCAUGCAAGCAUGAAGAUAGAUCAAACAUUAAUACCGCUUAUUACGAAUAAAUAGAUUAUUUUAUAAUAUUUUAUAUUACUGUUAACAGCAUGCAGACUAUUGGAUCCGCCACUAGUUCUGGAUCCAUCCUGUGAAGUUUGUUCCAUUAACGAUUCAAUUGGUCAAGUCAGGGUAUGGAACUUAAGACUAAUGAAAUGUUUGCUUGCUUUAUUGAUGCAGUUAAACAAUAGUUACGGAGGUACGAGGCUAAAAUUAGUUAUGUUCUGCUCUAUUUGAAGAAGAUCAGCCUACAAAGCAAUUUAAUUAUUGGAUAUUAGGCUCAUUGUUCCUUUUCAUUGCGAUAUGAUUCCUGAAGCAGGAAACGAUUUCGCGACACUGAUGAUAUAAUUGAAAUUGAUAAUCUUUUUACUGGGGGUGGGGGAGGAGAGGUUACCAAAUAUGGAAGGAUAGACACUAUUUAAUUGUGCAUAUUGUUAGGUAUAGGCUGACGUUACUACAGUAACUCAAAUUACUAGAACAAUUCUUCUACAGUAUUUGUUUAUUUACAUUUUUGUAAAUUUGAAUGAUACAGACAGAUAAUUAUUAAACAAAAAGUUGAUUG